UAGGCCGCGCAUGCCUCUUCUAAUCUGGCAUCCGUCAAAAUGGUCUUUCACCAAAGGCUACAAACAAUGUCCCGUUGAAAAGGUAAAUAAAUAAAUUAAAAGAAAAAAAAUGUUUUCGGGAAGAUUCGAUUGAAAAAUAAGUAUAAACGUGACUAUGUAAAAACCGGUGACAGUUUGAAAAGAGUUUUUAAUAAUAGGAAAAAGAGAAAAGAAAAACCAAGAUGUGGACACCUAGCAAAAACAAAAGAUACGGCAUUGCCAUCUACAACUGGAAAGGAGAAGUGCGCUUUGGCCUGCCACUCGAGAUCGGUGACACAUUGCAAAUUUUUGAAGAGUGCGAAGGAUGGUACAGGGGCUACUGCAUGAGGAACCGUUCUAUCAAAGGGAUAUUCCCUGCAUCCUACAUACAUAUAAAACCACACAAGACUGACGAUGUGAGCUGCUGUGAACCAGUGACACCGGCGGAAGACCCUGUCAUACACGAGGUGACACAAGUCCUCCGAGAAUGGAACACAAUAUGGAAGAAUUUGUUUGUCGCGAGGGAAAAUUACAAGUUUACAACUUUGAGGAAAGUGAUGCGAGAACUGGUCGACUGGAGGCGAGAACUACUCACAGGGACGCUCACGCACGACCAGAUGCGUGAGAUGCGCCUCAACGUCACUUCGAAAAUUGACUGGGGUAACAGGAAAUUAGGACUGGACCUUGUACCGAGAUGCGGGUCGGAUAUGGUCGACCCUUCGACAGUGAGCGUCAUCGAGCUGCAUCAAGUCCAUGUCGAGAGUUCAGAAAGUUCGAUCGGCCCUUCGUCGAGGGGUACGCUCAAAAGGCGUGGUGAGAACAGCAAAGCACUUUCGCAUCAUUUGUACCUGUGUAUGAGGGAUUUUGGGCACAACGUGGGAGAAACGACUGAAGUCUAUUUGUCUCUCUACGAUGCCAAGAAAGCAGCGUAUAUAAGCGAGAGAUUCCUCGUCAAGAUAUCGAAAGACGGGUUUUCAAAUUAUAUUGAAAAGCUGAACAGCAACUGCACAAUUUUCACUGAUCUGGGUAGCAGUGAUUUGACAAAAGAGCUUUAUAUUGUGGCAUAUGUGUAUCGCAUCGGGAAAAUGCUGGCGUCUGAAUCGGCCAAGGCGAAAAUCCUAUCCGGUGGGAAGGAGUCCAGCUUUGGCGGAGUGUCUGUGGGUGGGAGCACAGGAAGUUUCAAGCGACCGCACGCAGUAGCCGUGCUUAACAUCGGAGAUGCGGUGACUGGCUCGAAUGCCGAAGAACGAGAGUUCUCAUUCAAGGCGUACCAGACUGAGGACAAAGACUUCCACCAGCUCCACGAGUUCAUAAUAAGAAAACAGACGAACAAGUAUUCGCCGCUUUCCGGCCAACCGAACUACGGCAUUGUCAUAUCCCUCCGUGUUCUGCACGGCGAGCUGGCACAGGUUCGUGAGGAGAACCCACUUCUCCUGAAGAACAUCACACUGACUAAGAAGCUCGGCUUUCCUGACGUUAUAAUGCCAGGCGACGUUAGAAACGACCUGUACAUCACGUUGGAAAGGGGCGAGUUUGAGAGGGGUGGCAAGUCGACUGGUAAGAACAUCGAAGUCUCCCUCAUGGUCCUCGAUGCUCAUGGGAAUCCGAUCGACGACUGCGUAUGGGGGGCGAGUGGGACUGAAGGUUCUCACAUGUACCGCUCGGCGAUCAUGUACCACCAAAACUCUCCCAUUUGGUCCGAGACGAUCACGCUGGCCGUGCCGAUCGAAAAGUACCAAGCCGCUCAUUUACGCCUUGAAUAUCGACAUUGCUCCACAAGAGACAAAGCAGACAAUAAAAAAAUCAUUGGGUUCAGUUUUGCAAGGCUGAUGGAGCCGAGUGGAGCCACUCUUCAGGAUGGGAUUCAUGAGCUCCUCGUAUACCGUUGCGAUGACACAGCAAAGAUGAAGCCCCAUCUUUACUUAAUGAUGACAUCAUCAUUCAAAGACUUCACUUGCAAUGGGCAGGUCCAUUACGCUGCUUCGCACAAGGAGAGCGUUGUAAUCAAAAGCCUACUAUGCUCAACAAAGCUAACGCAGAAUAGUGACCUUCUGGCACUACUCCAGUGGAAAGCGAAACCGGAAAGGAUUCAAGAAGCACUGACUCGUGCGUUGCACCUUGACGGGGAGGAGCUCGUCAAAUUUUUGCAGGACGUUCUCGACGCUCUUUUCGCCAUGUUUUCGACUGAGGAUGGCAACUCAACGCAAUAUUCAGGCCUUGUUUUUCACGUUCUUGUGAGCAUCCUUAGCCUGUUGAACGACAACAAAUUCCAGCAUUUCAAGCCCGUCGUUGAUGCCUAUGUUAAAAAUCACUUUGCAGCUGCAUUGGUUUAUAAGGGCUUGUUGAGUUCGGUUCAGCACUGUGCCGAUUGGGUCGGAGCUGUUGAAAAGCAGGAGCCGAUCCUCAAGUGCUUUCGUUCGCUCGAGUCAAUAUUCAAGUUCAUAGUUGUGUCUCGAAUACUUUUCGCUCGAGCGACGAAUGGCCAAUAUGAGGAGAGUUUCAACCGCGACCUGUACGGUGUUGUCGAACGGCUCAACGCCGUUCUCGCCUCGUCGAACCCAAACAUCGUGAGCACUCAGGUCGGUCUCAUUGAAAGCCUGAGUGGGACUUACGACCAGAUAUGCUGCGUACUGCCGCCCGUCGAAGUCGCAAGGCUAGUCGCAACAAGCCUCGACACCCUCGGGAGCAACAGGCCGCAAUUGCUCAAGGCGAAACUUGUCGCCAUGCUCGCCCUCGUUGAGGGGAAACUCUUCCAGAACAACGAAUCACGAUCAAUACUGCUAAAUACAAUCUGCAAGCAUAUACGACUCCACCUAGCUCGUAGAGAAGAGCUUCGUCUCAUUCCGGAUAUUCUUGGAAAAAUAAUCAACUUCCUUUAUAAACUUCAGAGGGUUGACGAUGAAGGCGGGAAGGUUGAUAAUUGUUUACAUCAUGACAUCGAGGUCGUCUGUAUCAACAUGCUCGAUAUUCUCGUGCAGACAGUCAUUAUUAUAAUUGACAGAUCCACACCUGUCCUCGGGAGCCUAGUAGGAUGCUUGAUUGGAUUGCUCCAGCUCAUGAAACAGCCGCAUUUCAAAUGUUUGUCCUCGAUUGAGCCAAAGAGGUUCAAAGAGCUCCUUCUCCAUUUGCUCCUCGUCCUGCGCGACCUACUCAAGCAGGACGUCUUCCCCGAAGACUGGUCAGUCGUACGGCUCGCAACCAAUUCGGUCCUUCUCAACACGAUGGGCAACAUAUCGACUGUUAUGUUUAAAUCGCUCGGCUCGUUCGACGUCCAGGUCUGGAGCAACUAUUUCAACCUGGCGGUCGCGUUUCUCACCCAGCCGUCGCUCCAGGUAGAAAAGUUUUCCGAAGUCAAACGAGAAAACAUACUGAGCAAGUAUGGUGAUAUGCGGGUCAAAAUGGGCUUCCAGAUAAUAGACGUCUGGUCGAAUUUAGGAGAGCAUAAAAUCAACUUCAUACCGUCUAUGGUAGGGCCGUUUCUUGAGAUAACUCUCGUCCCUGAGCCGGAACUGCGUAAGGCUACGCUCGGAAUUUUCUUCGACAUGAUACAGUGCGAGUACAAAGUGCAAGGCAAUUUCAAAAAGGUCGAAUCAGAACUGAUCGAGAAACUGGACAUACUGAUCAGUGAAAACAAGGGUGAUGAUGAGUACAGACAGUUAUUCAACACAAUGGAACAUUUAAGCACUGUAUUGCUCGAGAGAGUUCAGAAUGAGGAGCCGGCGUGGAAGGAGACAGGCUGGGUGUUCGUCACAUCCGUGACUCGGCUUCUCGAAAGGCUCCUCGACUAUAGGAGCGUCAUACACGGCGACGAGAACCGCGACAAACGUAUGUCGUGCACUUACAACCUUCUGAACUUCUACAAGAAUGAAAUCAACAGGACGGAAAUGUACGUACGGUACAUAUACAAGCUCGAAUCUCUUCAUAUAUCGGCGCAGAGCUACGCCGAAGCCGGGUUCACGCUACUGUUGUAUGCCGACUGUUUGUCGUGGGAGAACAACCACAUGAAGAAACUCGAGCUUUACCACCUCAUCCUCUCCUACUUCGGCAUGGCAAAGAUUUGGGAAAAAGGUAUACCUUUGCUUAAAGAGCUCGCUUAUAUUUAUGAAGAGCGUCUUUUCGACUAUGACGCCCUCGGUAAGGUCCUGCGUACACAGGCAAAAUUCUUUGACAACAUACUCCACCAGCCACGCCAGGAGCCGGAGUACUUCAGGGUCGGAUUUUACGGCACUUCUUUCCCUAUGUUCGUCAGAAAUAAGGUUUUUAUCUACCGAGGAUUGGAAUAUGAAAGGAUGGAAGCUUUUACCCAGCGUAUUCAAACGGAAUUCCCCGCUGCACAGAUUUAUUCAAAGAAUACGCCUCCACCCCAUGCGAUCUUGCAAUCGGAUACGCAGUACAUUCAAAUAUGCAAUGUGAAGCCAUUGAGCGAUGGACGCCUCCCGUAUCGACGAGAGGCACUGUGCGAAGUGCCGGAGAAGAUCACAAAGUUCUACCAGGUCAAUGACGUCUGUAAAUUUCAGCUCGACAGGCCGAUACACAAACCACAGAUCGACAAAGAGAAUGAAUUCAAGACGCUCUGGGUAGAAAGGACUGUGUUGAAAACGGCACAUUCGCUGCCUGGUGUCCUGCGAUGGUUCGAAGUUGUUGAAACUUCGACGGAGCAAGUGCCGCCGAUACGUUACGCCGUCGAGACGGUCCAUUCUGUAAACAGGGACCUUGCAGGCCUCAUCGCACAAUAUACCACAGAGCCGAUGCGCCACACAAACCCUCUAAGCAUGCGUCUUCAAGGUGUAAUCGACGCCAAUGUAAUGGGCGGUGUAGCCAAAUACCAGGAGGCAUUUUUCAGCCCUGAUUUCAUCCGCGCCAACCCUGAGUGGUCGCAGUACGUCUGUAAGCUGGACAACCUGCUUCAUGAACAGCUCGAGAUACUGCAAAGCGGACUCGUCAUACACGGUCAGCUGGCGCCGUCAGACAUGCAACCACUUCACCAGAGGCUCCAGGAGCGUCUGGUGCAACUCGCCGAGAAUCUGAACCAGCCAAUCGACAUCAGUUCAAUCUGUCCUAAAGAGUCGAAACAUCACGAAGAAUAUUCAAACUGCACCGUUUACUCACACAUGGCUGAAGAUGCAUAUUCGCAACCAACUGAGGUGAACGAGAUGAUCGACACCAAUGAACCACCGUUCGUACCUAGGCCGAAGUCGUAUUCAGUCAACGAAUUAGACGGCCCAAGGAGGCAUCAGAGGUCUCAUUCACGCACGAUAGCAGUACAAAGUAGCAAUGACGAGGCACCACCGUUGCCACCGAGAGGAUUUACACCAGACAAGAGGAACAGCUCGGCUGAGGUUCCUCCUGCUCCACCUAAACGACUCAUACACAAUCGAAAGGAAAACGAGUGGAACGAUGAUAACACGAGGGAUUCUGGCUACUCAGACGCAUCGCAGGUCCUGAACAACUUGAGCGUAAGCUACGAGGACUGGCAGAUCCCAAAUAGCUCGCCCAGCAGGGAAAACCAGCCGCCGCCUGUCCCGCCGAAGGCAUCCGUCAACAUGGACGACAUCGUGCUGAAUAUAAUACGAGAUUCGCCAAAGCAAAACGGUGAUGCGUCUCCCAAGGAAAACCAGUGAAAAUGAGUCUUGUUGAAUAUUUCUAAUAUAUUUAACUCAUUUUUAUUGUUAAAAACUAAACAAAAAUAGUUUAUAAUGAUUUUUGUUUAAAUA